AUGGCUGUUUCCUAUCUUUCCGGUGGACGCACCUUGGUUGGUGUUGUACUUCCAACCUACGAUACCCAAGACAAUGAAGAAUCCAUUUCAUCACCCCACGCUUCAAUUUUCGAACCUGAUGCUUCCUCAACUAUCGAUUGGCUUGGAGGUAUUAGCGCAUCUUUCUUUACUCAAUAUCCCGGUACCACCACAACAGCAUCAUCAUCCAGCAUCAUCCGGUCACCAGGCAUAUCCCCAAGAUCAUCACCUUGUUUGUCAUCAACAAGACAAGUCUCAUCAUCAACAUUACCAGAACAAGAAACAUCGCUAUUCUUACGAAGACGUGGUUUGGAUAUGGAUGGUCUUGUGGAUAUACUCAAUGGAUAUUCAUCCCCACUUGAACAUUUGGUGGAGCUGAAUUUGUCACGCAACUUGCUAUACAAUCUGCCACAGGUCUUGUUACAAAUGCCACACCUUAAGGUGCUGGUUGCUUCGGGUAACCAAUUAGGUUCUCUUCCUAUGGUCCUUUAUCAUAUGCGGCAGCUGCAAGAACUAGACCUAUCAGAGAAUGAGAUACGUGAUGUACCAGCACACUUUCCGCCAUCAUUACCAAAUUUAACCCGCUUGUGCCUGGAUGGGAACCGAAUCGAGUCACUACCCAAUACCAUAGGCAGCGCAUGGGCUAUGAAAAUGCGACAUUUGAGACUGGGAUCUGAAUCUGGGAACAGCAAUCAGCUGGUGGAAUUACCUGAUACCUUGAUUCAUAUGGUAGCCCUGGAAGAAUUAGAGGUUGCUCAUAAUCGAUUGGAUCGCUUUUUAUAUCUACCACCACGAUUGCAGCACCUUGAUGUAUCCUACAACCAGCUCCAAGAGCUUCCAAAUGAUCUUAUUAUGCAACAGCAGCACCAUCAUCCACUAAAAACAUUGAAUUUAGCACAAAAUCGGCUAACAGUAUUACCUGAAUCACUCAAUGAUUUGUAUUCCUUGGAGCUACUCAAUGUUUCGGAUAAUCAGAUCAACGUCUUCCCAAUGGGGUUGCUCGAAAAACCUAGUCUUCAUGUCCUUUUCACAGGCAAUCCCGUGGCCGUCAGUAGUAGUGAUGACCCUACACCAUCAGUGUCAUCAACAACACCCAUCAACGAGACCAAUGCACACGUAUCAUCCUCAUCACCACAUUUAUCAAAGACUCAAAGUGAUGGCUUGGUAGAACAACAGCCAUUGAUCAAUUCAUUGCAUGAGCUAGCUCUACGUCAAAUGACAAGGUCAAAUGCGGUUGAUACGUUGCCUGAACAUGUUUCAUCUUUAUUAUCAUCAGAAGAGCAAAUUGGAAGGUGCGCGGGAUGCCAGGGACCAUUUAUACAAGAAUGGGUGAAUCGCGUACAAGUAAAGCGAUAUCGAGGACAUCCAUUAGUAGCAAGGGAAACCCGUUAUUGCUCAACACAAUGUGCAAGGUUUCAUGCUGAUAGAUUGAGAGAAGCGCACCAUGCACUACAAGAAAGAAGAAGAGCAUCUCGACCCACAAGAGAUCAACCAUUACAAAUAGGAUCAUUGGAGUGGAUCUAUGCCGCAGCAGAUGCCGCAGCAGAAGAGACCAAUGAUGAUGAUGGUUUCAUCCUGGAGCAGCAAUGGCGGUGA